AUGGAACCCACCAUCCUCUCGGACGCCGCAACAGCGCCUGUCCAAGUGUCCCGCAGGACUGCCGCCGUGGAAGCUUUUGAGGAUAUCGUUUAUGGCUCGGUUGCCGGUAUUGUCGGCAAGUACAUCGAGUACCCGUUCGACACGGUCAAGGUGCGCCUACAGUCGCAGCCUGACCACCGCCCGCUGCAGUACAAAGGCCCUUUGGACUGCUUUCGCCAAUCGAUCCGGGCGGAUGGAUUUCUAGGUCUGUAUCGAGGCAUCAGCGCUCCACUUGUUGGUGCAGCCUUGGAGAACAGCAGCCUUUUCUUUUGGGAGCGCAUCGGUCGCGCCGCUAUAUAUGCUUCAGGCUAUGCUCCGCGAGAGCAGCCACUUCCCUUAUCAGCCCUCUGGAUGACGGGCGCUUUUUCGGGCGCCAUGACGUCGUUUAUCCUGACACCCGUUGAGCUGGUCAAAUGCAAGAUCCAAGUGCCCGGCAAAGGCGAAGCCGGUGCCCCAACUGCCCAUCUUAAGCCGAUUCCUGUCAUCAGGGAUAUCUUCCGUCAUCAGGGCCUGCGUGGAUUUUGGCAUGGCCAGCUCGGGACCUUCCUUCGCGAGUCGGGUGGGUGUGCCGCUUGGUUUGGCUCUAAGGAAACCGUCACAAAGUUCUUCCGGGAUUGGAAUGAUAGGAGAGCGGCCGCUUCUGGUAUCCCUAACCCCAUCAAGGAUGACGACCCCCUUCCUCUUUGGCAGCAGGCCAUCGCCGGUGCAUCAGCCGGCAUGUCAUACAAUUUUCUCUUCUUCCCUGCGGAUACAGUUAAAUCACGUAUGCAGACUACGCCCAUUGGCGAGCUUGCGUCUGGCGCGAUGCCUCAGCGGACAUUUGCUGGUGAGGCUGCUGCUCUGUGGAAGCAGGCUGGCAUUACGGGGUUUUAUCGCGGAUGCGGUAUUACUGUGUUGCGGUCUGUGCCCAGUUCAGCCUUUAUCUUCAUGGUGUAUGAUGGUCUCAAGAAGUACUUGCCCAUGCAAUGA